UUUGUGUGUGAAAUUUGGGAGAGGGAGCAAGCGAGAGCGACAGAGGCAGAGUGGAGGUAGAGGGUGAGAGAGAGCGAGAGAUAGCAGUAGGGAGUAAGGGAGCGACAGAAAAAUAGAUAUGGAAUGAAAGAGAGUGCUAAGUAAUUUCAGGAGUGUGCAGGAAUAUGUGUGUGUGUGUUUGAGAGAGCUUGAAGGGGAGUAACUGGAGAGAGGGAGUCAAACAGUGAGAUAGAGAGGAAGAGAGAAAUAGAUGGGAGUUUGGAUGUAUGAACCUCUGCUGGUAUGCAUGCUGGUGUGCAUAUGAGUGACUAGCAAAAUGUGUGCAACAAAUGAUGCGUGCAGAUGACGAGGGGUGGUUAGAAGGGGGGUUCGUUUUUUUUUAAAAAGUAAAAAAGAGACUGAGCAAGCCAGAACAACAGCGAACGAGAGAGAGUGAGAGAGAGAGCAACAGACUGAGACCCUGGGCUGUGUGAGGACAUCGCUCUCCUCUCUCCUCUCUCCUCUCUCUCCCCCUGACACACAUUUCCACAGGACUCCCUUUGCAAGCCGAGGAGGAGAGCGGAAGCAUGUUCUGUCUGAAAGCCGUGUCCAGCCUGGACGAUGAGAGCAAGUGGACGGUGCACUACACGGCGCCAUGGCACCAGCAGGAGAACGUCUUCCUGCCCGGCAGCAGGCCGCCCUGCGUGGAGGACCUGCACAAGCAGGCCAAGGUCAACCUCAAGACCGUCCUCAGAGAAUGCGACAAGCUGAGGAAAGAUGGCUUCCGCAGCUCGCAGUACUACUCGCAAGGGCCGGCCUUCUCCACCUCCAGCCUGACGGAGAGCAUCCUCAGCCAGACGGACACCGAGGAGAGGCAGAAGAAGCAGUCCACAGACUCCUGCCCUGACGAAGACAGCCUGGUCUACAUCCGGGCUCACACCCCUCUGAUCGAGGACAUGAACGGGCACAGCAGCAUGGACAGCCAAACCCCGUGGAGCAAGGCCUUCCCCCUGCCCACGCCAGAGGAGAAGAUGAGGCAGCAGGCCCAGACUGUGGCCAUGGACGUCAUCCCCAUUAACAUCACAGGCGAGAACUUUGACAGGCAGGCCAGCUUCCGGCGCUCCCUGGUAAACACUGACACAGUGGUCAGACGGCCUAAGAAGGUCAGGAGGAGAAAGACUAUAACAGGCGUGCCAGACAACAUCCAGAGGGAACUAGCCCCACAAGGGCAGAACGAUGGCCGAGCCCACUCCAUGUACCUCCCCGGCCAGUACUCCUCCCUGGGCCGCACGGGCAGCAUCCACUCCCCCCUCAACCGCUCCCUCACACGGGACUCCAGCUGUCAGACAGAGGAGGUGAAGAUCGUGCCGCCAUCGAUGCGUCGGAUCCGUGCACAGAGGGGCCAGGGUAUCGCCGCGCAGAUGGCCAGCGUCUCCACCACUUCCUCCUCCAGCAGCAUCUCGGCCAUGAGUGACCUCAACGGCCUCUCGUUCAGCCCGCAGCACCACAGCAGCGACCAGGGGUUCCACAGCCUGCCCCGCCCUGGGACAGCCACAACCUCAACGCAGGUGGACACCGCGAAUGGUGUCGCCCAUCGCUACCGACUGAACAGUGACCCAUCCCACAGCCUAGCCAGCCAGGCAGAGGGCAACCAGGCCAACGUUCACUCGCUGCACUCUGCCGCAUCUCUUCCAAGCCCUAAGUUCAGAGGCAAGUGGAACGAGCCACACUGUUCCACGCCCUGUUCGAAAUACGUCGGGCAGUUUGAUGAGCUCACAUCACUCACUUCAAACGGCUCGCUGGCUUCUCAGACCGACUCUGAGGCGUGGCCGUACGAGAACAUAGCCAAUCACAUGCAGGCUGUGGAGAGUGACAGACCGCCAAGCGUAUCCAGCUCAUCCCGGUGUCAGUCCGUAUCCUCCAUGUCCACAGGGGGCAACGUUGAGACGGACUCUCAGUGCAGCACUCUGGAUGGACAAAACUACACCAGCCCGAGUUAUGCACGGCGCGAAUCCACUAGCAGCACCCACAGCGUCAGCACCAUCACGUCUGACCAGUGGGGCUAUGACAAUGUCACGCCUCCCCCAAAGUGCGAGAUCAAUUCGACCUGCUCGUCACCUGUUCAGCACCUCUUCAGCAGCUCAGAGCACUCACCCAACAAGACUGACUCAAGCUCUCUGUACUCGGUGGACAAUGAGGGCUACUACACCUCCAUGCGUUUGGACUCUGGGCUGAAGUCACACAGCCACAGCUGCAUCAGCAAGCCAGAUAAUGUGAAGCACAACAUCUACGAGUGUCGCAAGCACCACAGUCAGGACGACCGCAUUAGCCUUGGGAGCAACAAGUCGCUCACAAGGAGUAUCUCCCUCCGCAAGUCCAAAAAGCCCCCACGUCCUCCUGCCCGCACCGAUUCCCUGCGUCGGAAGGCCAAGCCCCAGCAUCUGAGCGAAUCGGUCCUGAAUGAGCAGCUGAUCACCAGCCUUCAGCAGUCUCUACAGAUAAGAAGCCAGAGCACGUCAAUCGCGCCACAGAGCCCAUGCAGCGAUUUUGAGGACCCUUGGGUGCUGCGACCCAGGAGCCACAGUAACGUCAGUGCAGCAAGCAGCGGAAUGUCUGCACCAGCUGCCAUGUGUCCAGUCACGCCACCACCGCCACGCAAUGAUAAGAGCAAUCAACGCUCCGAGCACAAAGACUCUUUCUGCUCAGAAUACCAAGGUCCAAGGUCGGAGAGAGGGCUGUCUCCUGUUGCACGUGCAUUCAGCCAUUGUCUCGACUCCUCACCCAAUGGCACCAUGGUCAACAGUGCCACAAAAAGCAAUGGUGUGAAUAACGGUGUUGUAGCCAAUGGGUCUUCACAGAAAGCUCGAAAGAUGUGCCUGCCCCUGGUCCAAGUGGACACAGCCAAUGGGCCAAGGGCAAAGACAACUUCUCCUGAUAAGAUUCACCGUCUGACGUCACCAUCAAGUGGCUACUCCAGUCAGUCCAACACCCCAACAGCAGGGACUCCCACCACGCUGGGGAAAAGGGCCAAGUCUCCAGGGAUUGGGAAGCCUCCUAAGCCCAAAGUGCCCGAGAGGACGUCAUCACUGCUAUCCUCAGUGUCAGCGUCCUCGUCAUCCACCUCCCUCUCCUCAAGCACCUCCGACACAAAACUCUCUACCCCGCCAGCUGCUCCUCCCCUUCCAGGCACUACCCCUUCACACACUCUGUCGACACCUACCCCUUCCUCUCAAACCUUUGUAUUUCCAGAAAGUGGCACUUCUUCCUCACCUCCUCCAAUCCCUUCUGCAUCUUUUGGACAGUCUUUAAAUGGACAGUCAUCACCUCCAGCUAUUCAGGCUGUCGCAGAUACAAGCACAAACGACUUAAAACCAUUGCCUAGCUCUCUCUCUCCUCCACCAGCAGAGGAGGUCACCCCUGAGCCGGUUGCCAAUACAGGUGCCCCACUUCCACCUCCACCACCACCACCGCCACCACCUCCCCCUCUUUCUGCCAUGCCCUCAGCAUCCCUACCAAUGCCACCUCCUCUACCACAUUUGUCAGUAUUGGCAGCCAUACCGGGCGCUAUUUUCAAUCUUAAGCCGGUGCAAAUCCCUCCUAAACCUACAGACCAAUCAAUGGACACGGAAAAGGCCACAACACCGACAAGCCCAGGGCACUUGGACCAGACCACGUUCUGGCCAAGACCUCUGAUCACGGCACAGGCUUUGCAGAUGGUGCAGCUGAAAUCAAUCAAGAAGAACCUCAAGAAGUCUGAGGGUGAAGGUGAAACAUCAGCUCUGUCCAAUGUUGAGGCAAAAGAACAGACACAGGAGCAGGUCUGUGAACUAACUUUGGAGUCUGAGGAACCUACAAAGCUAACCCUUGACUCUGAUGAGCAUGGAACACUAGUUCUGGACUCAGAGGGGCCUAAAAAGCCAGUUGUGGAUUCUGAACAUAAAACGCCAGUUGUGGAGUCUGGGGAACAUAAAAAACCAACCUUCCCAGUUUGUAUUCCCAUCACCACAUGUUCAAGUCCAAUUGAGUUUGGAAUGGAUUUCCCUCCGUCCCCAAUGAGGGACCUCCUGUUUCCAAAAUCCAAUAAUUUGGUUAGCCCAAAGAAAGAGGGCCCUUUGGUGACUCCUAAGAAACAGCGCUCCUUGGUGUUUCAGAACAAUCAAAAUACCCCCAAUGUGGUAGAACAGAAAAUGGUUUUCAAUCAAAAUGCUCCUAAUGUGGUAGAUCAGAAAACGGUCCUCAAUCAAAAUGCUCCCAAUGUGGUAGAACAACCAACAGUCUGCACUCAAAAUGCCCCCAUUGUGGUAGACCAAGAGACGGUCUGCAAUGGACGAUCUACCGAGCCCAUUGUGGUAGAUCAAGGAACAGUCUGCAGUGGACAAUCUACCGAGCCCAUUGUGGUAGACCAAGAAACGGUCUGCAAUGGACAGUCUACCGAGCCCAUUGUGGAAGAUCUACCUAAACAAGAGGAGUCUACAACUGAACCACUGGUACUGGCAGAGGACAAACACCCAGCCCUUGGUGAUACUCCAUCCGCACCCUCUCCUGCCACACCACGCAAACAGAAGCCCCCUGUGUCUCCCAACAAGCCCAAACUCUCACUGAUCGUCCCUCCGCUGCCCUCAGCAUCAUCUUUUGAGGUUGAGCGCACCCAAGUGGUGAAUGACAACGUAACUAAUGAACCAAUGGCACCAACCCAUACCAAGGAUACCACCCCAGAUGCCGCUGCCACCCUGCUGUUCGACGUUGCUGGCGGUCAGUGCUUCACCCUGCUCCAGGACGAUGUAGAGGACACAGACUCCGGCAGCUCCACGCCUUUGCUUCCGACCCAGAGGAGGGAGUCUGUCAGCAGCGAGGUGUCCUCAGAGGGGCUGUGCAGCGGACCACACCUCCAGGACCUGCUCAUCCAAGAGCAGGACCUCGGGCUGAGCGACGAGAGGAACACAUCAGAUGAAGACGACCAGACUGCCAGUUCCACCACAGGAUCCACGGGCUCCAGGGAGGAUGACCAAGGCUUGGCGUUGGACUCGCACCCUAGUUCCUCAGUACCCAGAAGCGGCAGUGGCAACAACAGAGAGGUGAAUGGAGAGAUGGUGACCCCAACUCGGCCCCGCACCACAGAGGACCUCUUCGCUGCCAUUCACAGGUCAAAGAGGAAAGUUCUGGGCCGUGGCGACUGUGAAGAGGACCGCGGUCGCCAUAACAACCUCCAUAAGCAGCAGCAGUCCCCCUCCUCCGCGUCCCCUCCAGUCACCCCCACGGGUGCGUCCCCCACAUCCUCCCUCAUGUCACCGUCCCAGUCCAUGUCCCUGCCACGCCAGACGAGCUCCAUCCAGCGCGGCCUGCGGCGCUCCAGCACCAGCAGCGACAGCUUCAAGGCCCUGCUGCUGAAGAAAGGCAGCCGCUCCGAGGGCAGCUUCCGCAUGUCGGCCACCGAGCUGCUCAAGUGCACCGACCCGAGAAAGCAGAGACCGGAGACAUCUUCUGGCUCGUCUUCCCCCUCCUCUUCCUCCUCCUCUCCUCCUCCACUCGUGAUGCCCUCCUCACCCGUGGCUGCGUCCCCUCUUCCGUCGUCCUCUCCCUUGUCCUCGCCCACCCUGCCGGUUCCUCCGCAGCUGGAGAACGGCAGCACCUCGUCUUGCUUGUCUCCCGGUCGCAGUCGACGGGCUGCCGCUGAGGAGUGGGCGAGGAACGAGAGCAUGAACCUGCUCGCCCGUCUCUCUCCGGGCAUCUACUGCUCUCCCUCCUCCUCCCCGUCCUAUUCGUCGUCCCCGUCCUCCUCCUACUCUUCCUACUCCACCACCUCCUCCUCCUCCUCCAUGUCCCUCCCUCUCAUCGCCCCCGGCAAGUUCUACCGCUCCCGUACCCCGCCCUCGGCGGCGAGCAGCCGCUACAACAUGCGCGGCCGCCUGUACAGCAGCCCCAUGACGGCCAUCAGCGAGAGGGAGGGCGAGCUGAGUGACGACUACGAGGACCAAUGGGAAAGCAGCAGCAGGACACUCGGGCAGCACCUGAGCCCCUUCAGCCUAUCGCUGGCCAGCCCCAGCGCGACGCUCUGCAAGGGUGGUAGCUCCUAA